AUGUACAGCCAGAAUUAUUACUUUCACCAACAGUCCGAAAGUGCUGUACAGCUACCGCCCGCACAGUCAUCCACCGGAGGAACCCAUUAUACUUACUUGUUUGAUAUCUGUUUGAUUGCAGAUGAAUGCUCGAGCGAACUGGAUCCUAACAAUCAUACCAUCAGUUACAGCUUCACCCGACGGGGAAAACCAAUAGUCACAAUCGAUGGUUACAGUUUCAAGCGGUCCAGUGCAAAGCGGGCAUGGAGGUAUUGGAUGUGCACAAAAAUUGACACCGAAAAAGGUAAAUAUGCUGACGUUAUUCGGUACACUUUAGAUAAGAAAGGAGUUCCUCGGUUGGCAGUCGGCGGAUUCCGUUUUUCCAGACGGAUUAUUAGAAAGGACAGCACCCGAUGGUAUUGUGUAAAAAUGAAAUCACUGGAUUGCAGGGCCCGAAUCACUACCACGAGUGGAAAAGUAAUUCAGUUUGAUAACGUUCACAAUCAUCUGCCAGCAGAUAUACGAAAAACGGAUCUACAAUCCACAGAAGUGGUGUCCUCCCACAACGCUCAGCAGUACGAACUGGGUAAAUAUGCUGACAUAAUUCGGUACACAUUAGAUAAGAAAGGAGUUCCUCGGUUGGAAGUCGGCGGAUGCCUUUUCUCCAGAAAAAGGAUUGUAAAGGACCAAACCCGAUGGUAUUGUGUGAAAAUGAAAUCUCUGGCUUGCAGGGCGCGAAUCACUACCGCCACGAGUGGAAAAGUACUGCAGUUUGACAACGUUCACAAUCAUCUACCAGCAGACAAACGGAAAUUGAAUCUGCAACCUGCAGGAGUGGCGUUAACAAAAAACGUUCUAAAAUACGAACUGGAUAUGUGAAGGAAGUGUUUCGAACAUUUGUUUUCGCAUGGAUGAUAUUUUACUAAAAUGGAAACCCUUCAGACACGCUAUGGUAAAUAUGUUGAUGUUAUCCGGUACGCUUUAGAUAAGAAAGGAGUUCCUCGGUUGGAGGUCGGCGGAUUUCUCUUCUCCAGAAAAAGGAUUAAAAAGAAUAAAACUCGAUGGUAUUGCGUUAAAACGCAAUCACUGGCUUGCACGGCACGUAUCACUACCUCAACGAUUGGAAAAGUAAUGCAGUUUGACAACGUUCACAACCAUCGACCAGCAGAUAAACGUAAAUCGGCUCGACGAUCUAAAAAAGCCACCACCAACACCGUUCAGAAAUAUGAACUGGAUAUAUAAAGGAAGUGUUUCGUACCGCACCAAACUCUUAAGAAACAAACGCUGUGGUUAAAAUACGUCUAGGUUGCCCUUAUAAGGUUGACUUAUAAGUCUAGGUAUAAGUCAUUUGUUUAAUAAAGUCAAUAGGUUAUAGAAUUUAAGAUUGUUCUAAAUAAGAUUUUCUUACUAAUUUUUAUAUUAAGCUUUUAUUUUAUCCUGAUUUCUUCAAUAUCAAAUGAGCAAUUGAUAUGAUUAAUGUUUCUGAUCUGAUAUAUAUUUCCUUCCACAGAUACACAUUUUGACGUAAUCCGGUACACUUUAGAUAAGAAAGGCAUUCCUCGUUUGGAGGUCGCCGGAUUUCUCUUCUCCAGAAAAAGAAUUGAAACGGACAAAACCCAGUGGUACUGCGUUAAAGCGCAAUCACUGGCUUGCAUGGCACGAAUCACUACCGCCACGAGUGGAACGGUAAUGCAGUUUGACAACAUUCAUAAUCAUCGACCAGGAGAUAAUCGAAAGUCGGGUCCAAGGUCAAGUGGCUUCAACCAAUAACAGUCAAAAUCAUCGACCAGCAGAUAAUCGAAAAUCGGAUUUUCGUUCUACAGAAGUGACUUCAACCAAUAACGUUUAGAAAUACGAACUAGAUAUUAAAAAUAUAAAAAAAAACAUAAAAAAACAUAAAAAAAGAAGAAAAAACAAUUAAAGUUAUAAUUUUCUUAUGAUUUCUGCAAAAUCAAAGGAGCAAUUGAUAUGAUUUAUGAUUCUGGUUUGAUAUAAUCUUUCUUCCCACAGGUAAAUAUGCUGAUGUUAUCCGGUACACUCUAGAUAAAAAAGGAGUUCCUCGGUUGGAAGUCGGCGGUUUUCUCUUCUCCAGAAAAAGGAUUAAAAGGAACAAAACCCAAUGGUACUGCGUUAGAACGCAAUCGCUAGCUUGCAUGGCUCGAAUCACUACCACCACAUGUGGAAAAGUAAUGGUUUUUGAGAACA